AUGGCUGACAGCGCUGCCGCCCCCGUCGCCAUCUUCAAGAAGCGUGGCGCGAAAGGCAAGGCCAAUAUCCGGAAGAGGCCCGCCACGCCGCCGCCCGCCAAUAGCGACUCCGAUUCCGACUACUCUUCCUCUGAAGAUGAAGCAGGCCAGCGGGUCAAGAGGAGGAAAAGAAACACAGGCACCGUCACCGCAUCAUCAAAAGACCAGGCAGCUUCGAAACAGGACCUCUCCGCCACAGUCUUCACUGCCGACCGCAAUGCCCCAAUAACGAAUAGCAACGAUGCGACGAAACAUAGCAACUGGUACGACGAGGAUAGCAAGGAUACUCUUUCCGCAAAGAACCUGCUGGGCACAACACGAGGGAAGGCAUCGUCACAAGCGCCUGACGGCACCUAUAAGGGAUUGGCGAAUCAAACGUCUUUCAUCCAGAAGAACCCAGACGCGCCGACAAGGACUGUCGGUCCCAUCAAGGCGCCCACCAAUAUCAGAACGAUCACCAUUACCGACUUUGCCGGAGACGUUUGCAAAGAUUAUAAGCAGACGGGUUUCUGCGGAUUCGGCGACAACUGCAAGUUCCUCCACGCUCGAGAGGACUACAAGGCGGGUUGGCAGCUGGACAAGGAGUGGGAGAAGGUCACCAAGGGAAAGAAUGUGGGAGGCACCGUGGUGGCAAGUGCGGACCGGGCCAAGGCGGGUGAUGACGACGAUGACGAUGAAGACGCAAUGCUGGAAAACAUACCGUUCGCAUGCAUCAUCUGCAGAGAGUCAUAUAAGGCGCCGGUCAUUACGAGGUGCGGACACUACUUCUGUGAGCCAUGCGCGCUCAAGAGGUAUAGGAAAGACCCGACAUGCGCCGCCUGCGGGUCGGGUACGAAUGGCGUCUUCAACUCUGCCUCGCGCUUGAAGAAGUUGUUAGAGCGCAAGAGGGAGCGCGCCGCGAAGAGGCGUCAGGAGGCGAUCGAGGCCGGGGAGGAAACCCCGCCAUCCACUCGCAACACAACAUACAUAUCGCGCUCCGAGUUGCGGUCUGCGACCAUGAAUCUCCUCUAUUCGACCGUAAACACCCUUCGCGACCGGUACACCCCGGUCUCGCACACGUCCACCUUCCGCACGACCGGCCAGAUCACCCCCGAGGAGUUCGUCGCAGCGGGCGACUACCUCGUCUACAAGUUCCCGACCUGGUCCUGGGGCGACGCCGACUCCGAUACCCGCCGCGUGAACUACUUCCCGCCCGGAAAGCAAUACCUCGUCACGCGCAACGUCCCCUGCCACCGCCGGCUGGACGACGACUUCGCUGGCGAUGCAGGCCACGAGGAGGCCGUGGUCGAGGGCGCCAAGGGCGGCGAUGACGACGAAGACGGCUGGCUGCGCACCGGCGGGCUCGCAAGUUCGCAGCCGUUGAAGGUGAAGGAGGUCCGUACCGUGGAUGACUCGGGCAAUGUCGGCGAAAGAGAGAUCGUGGACGAUGACGAGAUCCCGGAUAUGGAGGAUGAGGACGACGACGAGGCUAUCAUCCGUGACGCGGGAGACAGCGGCAAGAACAGUGGCCGCCGGACAUACACCCUGUACAUCAUGUACUCGACCUACUACCGCACACCCCGCCUCUACCUCUCGGGCUAUCUUCCCACCGGCCAACCCCUUCCACCGAAAUCGAUGAUGGACGAUAUCGUUGGAGACUACAAGGACAAGACGGUGACCCUCGAGGACUUCCCCUUUUUCGCCAACAACAUCAAGAUGGCAAGCGUGCACCCCUGCAAGCACGCCUCCGUGAUGAAGACGCUGCUCGACCGCGCAGACGCCGCCCUGCGCAUCCGCCGUGAGAAGCUCAGGGCCGGCAAGGCCGUGGGCGGUGAUCAGGGUAUGGAGGGGCUCGUUGACGAGCUCGGCAAGCUUGAUGUAAAGGACGCCCAAGACGCCGCCGAUAAGAACGACGAGUGGGAGGAGGUCGAACAGAGCGAGGUCGAGGACCAGGAGGUCGCUAUCAGAGUGGACCAGUACCUGGUUGUUUUCCUGAAGUUUAUGGCCAGUGUGACGCCUGGUAUUGAGCACGAUUUCACGAUGGGCGUGUAA